AGUGAAGAAGGCAGCAGCUCGCAUCUAAGUGGACUGCAGUGUCCUGAGCUGGCAGCAGACUUACCUUGACUUUCACUAGGACUCAGUUCUCAUAUUCUGGAAAACAUGACCCUUGCUGCCUACAAGGAGAAGAUGAAGGAGCUCCCACUGGUGUCCUUGUUCUGCUCCUGCUUCCUGGCCGACCCCCUGAAUAAGUCAUCCUAUAAAUAUGAAGGCUGGUGUGGGAGACAGUGUAGGAGAAAAGAUGAGAGCCAGCGGAGAGACAGUGCUGACUGGAGAGAAAGAAGAGAGCAGGCAGACACAGUGGACCUGAACUGGUGUGUCAUUUCCGACAUGGAAGUCAUCGAGCUGAAUAAAUGCACCUCCGGUCAGUCCUUUGAAGUCAUCCUGAAGCCACCCUCCUUUGAUGGGGUGCCUGAGUUCAAUGCCUCCCUUCCCAGACGGCGAGACCCAUCGCUGGAAGAAAUCCAGAAGAAACUGGAAGCAGCUGAGGAGCGGAGGAAGUACCAGGAAGCAGAGCUCCUGAAGCACCUGGCAGAGAAGAGAGAACACGAGCGGGAGGUGAUCCAAAAAGCCAUCGAGGAAAACAACAACUUCAUCAAGAUGGCAAAGGAAAAACUGGCCCAGAAGAUGGAAUCCAAUAAGGAGAACCGGGAGGCCCACCUUGCUGCCAUGUUGGAACGGCUGCAAGAGAAGGACAAGCACGCGGAGGAGGUGCGGAAAAACAAGGAGCUGAAGGAAGAGGCCUCGAGGUAA